GGGGGUGGGAGUUGGGCGGAGCGCCGCCGGAGAGAAGCGAAAUCCGGGGUUGGAGGAUGCGUCUUUCCCUGGAGAGUUUCCAGGCUCCGCGUUGAUUUUUCCAGUAAGAAAAAUUAACAACAAAUGAUGGGAAAUCCAGAAACCAUAACAGAAGCCUAUGUGGCUGUCAUUCGUCCAAAGAAUACUGCAAGCCUAAAUUCUCGGGAAUAUCGUGCUAAAUCCUAUGAGAUUUUGUUACUUGAGGUUCCCAUUGAAGGACAUAAGAAAAAGAGAAGGAAACUGUUAUUAGAAACUAAGAUUCAGGAAGGCAGUGAUGUAACCCAAAGCAUCUUGGACUAUAUACUAGAAACCACCAAACCAAUUUCACCAGGAAACCAAGGGAUUAAAGGAAAAAGAGUUCUGCUAAUGAAGACAUUUCCUCUUGAUGAGAACACAGGCAAGGAUGCAUCUCUUUUCGUUGUACCAACAGUUGUCAAAGAUAAUACAAAAUAUGUUUACAGUCCUGGAUGUCCCAUUUUCUACUGUUUACAAGACAUCAUGAGAGUCUGCAGUGAAUCCAGUUCUCAUUUUGCUACAGUUACAGCUAGAAUGUUACUUUUCUUGGAUAAAUGGUUAGAAGAACGGCAUUCACAGUCACAUUCAAUCCCCGCAUUAUUCAGACCAUCCCCUUUAGAGCGGAUUAAAACAAAUGUUACAAACCCUGCAUAUGCUGUUGAACCUGGACAGAGUGAGAGUUCGCUUCAUAUGGGAUACUCUGCCUUAGAGAUCAAGAGCAAAAUGCUUGCGCUAGAGAAGGCAGAUAUGUGCAUUUACAACCCUUUAUUUGGAUCUGAUCUUCAGUACACCAACAGGGUGGACAAAGUGGUUAUAAAUCCAUACUUCGGGCUUGGAGCGCCAGAUUAUUCAAAAAUACAGAUUCCAAAACGGGAAAAGUGGCAACGCAGCAUGAGCAGUGUCAUGGAAGACAAGGAACGUCAGUGGGUUGAUGAUUUUCCUCUUCAUCGUAGUGCUUGCGAAGGAGAUACUGAAUUACUGAGUCAACUUUUAGAUGAAAACUUCUCAGUAAAUCAGUUGGAUAGUGACCACUGGGCACCUAUCCAUUAUGCCUGCUGGUACGGAAAAGUAGAAGCGACACGAAUGUUGUUAGAGAAAGGAAAGUGCAAUCCAAACUUGUUGAAUGGACAGCUCAGCUCCCCUCUCCAUUUUGCUUCUGGUGGCGGGCAUGCCGAUAUUGUUCAGCUUCUCUUAAACCAUCCAGAAAUUGACAGACACAUCACUGAUCAACAAGGAAGAACACCAUUGAAUGUCUGUGAAGAAAACAAACAAAAUGAGUGGGAAAAAACAGCUAUCUUACUUAAAGAGGCCAUUAAUAAACAAUAUGAAAAAGUGCGAAUUUAUCGAAUGGAUGGGUCAUAUCGUUCUGUGGAAUUGAAAUAUGGAAACAAUACUACUGUGCAACAGAUAAUGGAAGGCAUGCGUCUUUCUCAAGAAACACAACAAUACUUCACCAUUUGGAUCUGUUCUGAAAACCUUAGUCUCCAGCUGAAGCCGUACCACAAGCCUCUCCAACAUGUUCGUGACUGGCCUGAAAUACUCACUGAGUUAACAAACUUGGAUCCUCAGAGAGAAACUCCUCAGCUCUUCUUGAAAAGGGAUGUGAGACUACCUUUAGAGAUUGAAAAAAAGAUUGAAGAUCCAUUGGCUAUUCUUAUCCUGUUUGAUGAGGCCAGGUACAAUUUACUGAAAGGGUUCUAUGCCUCAUCUGAUGCCAAGCUGAUCACACUUGCAAGCCUAUUGCUGCAGAUAGUCUAUGGAAAUUAUGAAAGUAAAAAGCACAAGCAGGGAUUCCUAAAUGAAGAAAACUUGAAAUCUAUAGUACCAGUCACCAAAUUAAAGAGUAAGGCACCUCACUGGACAAAUCGAAUACUUCAUGAGUAUAAGAGUCUCAGCACUAGUGAGGGUGUGAGUAAAGAGAUGCAUCACCUGCAGCGCAUGUUUUUGCAAAACUGCUGGGAGAUUCCUACGUAUGGAGCUGCUUUUUUCACAGGACAAGUAUUCACAAAGGCAAGCUCAAGCAGUCAUAAAGUCAUCAGAGUUUACGUAGGCAUAAACGUCAAAGGGCUCCACCUGCUGAAUAUGGAAACAAAGGCUUUGCUCAUAAGUUUAAAAUAUGGUUGCUUUAUGUGGCAGCUGGGAGAUGGAGAUACCUGUUUUCAAAUACAUAGUCUGGAAAACAAAAUGAGCUUUAUAGUUCACACCAAGCAGGCAGGUCUUGUCAUAAAACUUCUGAUGAAGCUAAGCAGCCAGCUGAUACCUAAUGAGAGAAGUGACUAAAUUAAAUGGGGAGCAGUUGUGUUCAAAUGUUCCACAGGAUAAAAGACAUAGUCUGAUGAAUACAAAAGAUGCCAUGUUCAUUUGUACAUUUAUAUUGUAUAGCACUAUUUUAAUAUAAUCGUUUAAAGAAUUUUGUGGCAAAGCCACAAGAAUAAUAUUUGUGUAUAUAAUUGGACAGGAAUUCAGGAAAUAAAAUUAAGUUUGUAAUUCCAGACACACUAAGGCAUGCUGGCUGGGGAAUUCUGGGAAUUGAAGUCCAGACAUCUUAAAGUUGCCAAGGUUCAGAAACAUAGCACUAAGGAAUUAGAGAAUAAGCAAUGGUAUAUUGGGACAUAUCCGAGUAAACAUGUUUUAAAUCUGUUUAAAUCUGUUCUGAUUUAGUAUGAACAGUUUUGUUUCUAGGUUGCACCAGAAAGUGCAGGUUUCACUUUAGGAAGAUACGGAGGCACUGGCAAUUCAGUAUAAAUCUCAGAACGUAGUGAAUCCCUCAAAGCUAUAACAUUUAAUGUGACCAUUUACAGUGAGCGUUGUUAAACAACUGUGAAAUAUUUGGUAACAUCAUGCAUGCAUGGGAUUUUUCUAAAAUUCCUUCCUAUUUGU